AGUCACAUUCUUUUCUCAAUUUUUUUCAUCAGCAACACUUCAUCGAAUAUCGAAGAACACUUUCUGAACAGUCCUACUUGUACCGAUGGAUACAAACAAGUAGUAGUUACGAAAGCAAGCACAUCKCACUUGAAGAAUCCAAUGGCAUCCAAGGCCUUUAAAAACCUUCCUCCGGAGGUCCGACGAGAACUCCUGCGCCACGUCAAGCCACCGCCGUCGGCUUCGACAUCUUUUUCGCAACAAAGCGCCGAUCAUCUCCGACGGAAACACAAACGCCUCGAGGCCGUUGGUGGUCAGCGUUCCAAAUCCGCGCAGUAUUGGUUGAUGGGAUGCGUCGGGUUCGUCGGUGCGGCCGCGACGCUGCCCUAUUUCGCGACUAAGAAAAUCGGCAACCUGACCGAUCGAGACGAUCCCCUGACGGCCGCCCAGGUCCGACGGGGAGCCUUCAACAAUUCUGGAAGUCGCGAUGCCGGAAAAGAUCAUAAUUGGGAUUUGAAGACGGGCACUUAUAUUUAUCCAAAGGGAUUUGCGGAGCAUUUAAAGAUGCAAGACCCAGAUGAUAUUGACUUGGGGCCAGACAUGGGACCGAUUGUCCAAGCCGAAAAGAAGCAGCGAUCCAAGCAAUAGCCUUAGCAUCAUGUCUUCAGACGCAAUCCACAAUCAGCCCAUGGCAGUCAAAGAKCAUAGCGAUUGCCAAAUUCUACUCAGAAAUUYCAUAACUUUCAGCAGUUGAGCAACUUCGAUUGGAAGCCCGAAGUUUUACGGAUGAAAUACAAUUACUUUAUGAGA